AACGAGUGCGUCGACACGGCGUCGCGUAGAGACGCAGACGCAAGCGGCGGCCAUGAGGGAAACACUCUCAUGAUGCGUUCAUCCACAGGUGGAGGAAACUGGAGCCUGUCUGAAGUAUCUGCUACAACACAAACUGUUGGAGACUCUGUGCACUCUGGGUAAAGCUCAGUAUCCUCCAGGUAUGGUCCAGCAGGUCUUGUUGUUCUUCUCUAGGUUCUUGUCUCAGAUCCAGAGGCCUCUGCUCCAGCUGGUGAACGUCUACAGGCCCGUUCAGAAGCUGAUUGGUCUCUGUGCACUUCCUGGUUCCCAGACUGAGGCGGAGGAGGCUCAGUUCUUAUUGGUUGUCUGCUCUAGGGUUAAACAGGACCCGCCCACGCUCAGAAACAUCUUACAGAUUGUGGAUAAACCAGCAGCCACGGCACUGGCUUCUGACCAAUCACAAUCCUCCAACCACAGGACGGAGCCACCGCCACCCCCCAGCCAAUCAGAUUCAUCCACCGGCAGCCGCGUCCAAUCAGAGUCCGGCUUGCUUUGGGCUCUGCUUCAGCUCGCCAGCAGUGCGAGGGGCUCUGUGGCUCUGAAGGCCUUUGAAGGCCUCCUGCUGCUCUCAGCUCUCCAGGAUGAAUCUUCAGGGGAGAUUUUGUCUGAUCAAACCCUGCUAGGAGAGCUGCUGGCUGGGAGGCUUCUUCAGCUCUACUCCCUGCUGCCUAUGGAGGCUCUGGACCCUGGAGAGGUGCAGAGCUGGCCCCACACACCAUGGAGUUCUCAGUUCUCUCGCUGGAGCUCUGAUCUCAGGUCAGUAGCGGCUGCCUCUGAUCACAUGACCAACUUCUUCUCUUGGUUGGACUUCCUGGAUCACAUGAUGGAAGAAGCACCUCAGGUGUUAGCACGGAAGCUAGCUCACUGUGUUCAUCAGAUUUGGAUGUUUGACGUUCUUCAGCCUCAACUUCUACACAUGUGUGAGCAGGUGGUCCUGGUCUCCACCUCUAUCCUCUGUGCGGCUGUGAGAUUCGUCCGGUCGAGGUCUCUGCUGGAUCAGCUGGUUCACUUCCUGCUGAGGACAAACACGCUGAGUCCUCUGCUGCUGCAGCGCUGUGACCACAUCUCAGACCAGAUCAGUUUUGCGUCUCUGUCUCUGGUGGACGAGCUGCUACAGAAGCCUCACGAGGACGUCCUGGAUGUGCUGGUGUUGAGUUUCCUGCAGAGUCGUAGUUACCUGUCUCCACAGGAGGACAGGUGGACCGAGAGCAACGAGGCCCACGAGGACAGCAAUGGUCUGGAGGAGGACCCAUUCUUCUCAGAAAGCUUGUUGUUCUCUGAAAGUCAGCUGAUCCUCCCUCCUCCUCCUCGCUGCUCCUCUUCCUCAGCUCCUCUCUCUGGUCUGGGAUCAGCUGCUAAUGUUGUUAACAGUUUCCUGUGUUUAGUUCCCGUUCAGGUUCGAUCAGCUCAGCUGAUCCAGGAGGGCGGGUACGAGUCCUACGUUCACGACGCCCACACACAGGUCACGGAGUGUCGCGCUCUCUCUCGGUCCUGGAACUGGACCCUCAGUCUACCUGCACCCUCCGCAGGUGAGGGGGAGGAGUUCUUUGAAGGUCCCCUGCUCAAGGUUCUGUUGGACCGACUGGGACGCGUCCUGGAGCAGCCCUACGAGUUGAACCUCAAACUGACUGCGGUUCUCUCCAGACUUUCAUCCUUCAGCCACCCGCUUCUCCACGAGUACCUGCUCGACCCCUACGUGCACCUGUCUCACUGCUCCAGGUCGCUGUUCUCUGUCCUCAUCAGGUUGAUGGGAGAGUUGAUGCAGAGCAUCCAGCGAGUUCCCGAUCUGACGGACAGACUGUUGGACACCAGGAGAGACCUGCUGGGCCUCAACAACAACAACACCACCAGACUGGAGCACUUGACCCUGCUGAGAGGACUCGUCGUCCUUGAGGAGUUCUGUAAGGAGCUCGCCGCCAUUGCCUUUGUCAAACUGCCACUGGGCCGGCCUUGAGAAGGACUGCUCUGUCUCUGCCUUAGUCAGCUGUCUCACCUCACACGGUGGUCACUGUGACAUCACAGUGACAUCACAGUGAUGUCACAGUGACGUAACCGUGACGUCAUAGCUUGCACUCAAGCAGCUGUAUUGUGGAUCGGAUGUAUUUCAGAUCAAAGGUGUCAUCACCACUUCAUGUGUUCCAACUAUGCAAUCAUCUACGACCCUUAUUGAUAAUAGAUAACCCAUCGAGCUGACCUUUGACUUUUGACUUUUACUCUCUCCUGCCGCCUCAGGACUAAGUGAUAUUAACUUUAAUAUUUAAAUGCCUCUUUUUCCCAAAUGAUAAACCAAUGUAAUUUGCAUUUGUUCUCGUCAAUAAACAGAGAAUCAGACUUUUA